UUGGUUUUUUGUGCAAAAUGGAUGUCCUAUGGAAAGAAAACAACAUUUUUUACAACAUUUUGUGUGUUUUGAUUACUGAAAAUGAAAAAUUGUUCGACAGAAGUGAUGCUAGAUUAUAUUGGAAGACAGUAUACCAUAUGUUUUUGAUUUUGCACCAUUGUUAUGUGGGUAAUAUGGGGGCCAGUUUGAACAUGGACAUUGAUCACUUUGAAAUAAGGAAGUUGAAAAAGUUCAGAGUGGCGUAUUUAACUGGAUGGAAUUUCUCGUUCCAGACCGUGUUUCUCGGUCUCGCUCUGCUGCACGACGUGUUACGUUGGUUAGACAAGCACGACAGCAGUCUCGGCAAGAAGAUCAAAUACUUCCGUGACGUCAUAUUCAAUGGGCUGGUCUUCCCGUUCACAUGUUUCGUCACCGGAAUGUUCUGGUGCGUCUACCUCAUCGACCGCGAGCUGGUCUUCCCCCAAGUCUACGACCAGAUCGUGCCGUGGUGGCUGAACCACUGUGUCCACACCAACAUCUUCAUUGUGAUCACUAUAGAGACUCUUCUGACAAGACGAAGACAGCCGACAGAUGUGAAGGUGGAGAGGUGUUUGUGGGUGUUUGUGUCUGUCUUCUAUGCUGUAGUGUACUACUCCAUAUAUUUCUUCGGUGGCUGCUGGCUAUACGGGGUCUUCGGCGUCAUGAACUGGUGGCAGGUCUGCAUCUACCAGGCAGGCAUCUGGGGCUCCACAUGGGUCUUCUACAAUCUCAACUUCUUCGUCAACAAAAUGAUCCACAAAGAGGGAGACGCUACUCCAAAAACAUCAAUCAAUGGGGAUCCGGAGUCUAGGGAAACUACUUUCCAAAACGUCAGUAAAAUAGAUGGAGUUGUUGACACUGGUUCAAGUAAAAUAAGAAAAGAUGUUGAACUAAGUACUAAAGAUAGUGGGAAGGCUAAUGUAGCAUAUUUAAACGACAAUAAUGAUACAGAGACUGAUAAGCAAUGGAAAUCAAUAGGUGUCAGUAAAACUGAUGGGAAAAAUCAGAGUUCAGAUAAAGCAACUGGUACAAAUUUUAAAAGGAACCAGUUUGAGAAGUCUAGUUUGUAAUUUGUUGUUAAGAUUAUCUGGGUUAUAAGAACAGGGAAGGCUGACUCCAAGUAAAUGGGAACAAGGCCUAGCAGGAUGAUGAUACCGUACUAGGUUACUGUACGUAAGAGUUGAAAUGACCUGAGAAUUGGUAAUAUGCAAUACCUAAACAGGUUAGUCUGGUGUUCAGAUAUAUAUCAUGUAGUAGUUUGUCCCGUCGUAAUAGCUAAUAAUGUUUAGGGAUUGGUUAUUUUAGAAACAUCAAUAAUAAGACAUACCAAUCGGUUACCUGACCAACUUAUAAAAUGGCUUCUAAAUUGGUUCUUUGAGUAGAUUAUGAGUUAUAAGGGGUAUCCAGACGGGACUGACGAAAUCAGUCGAUUUGUAAAUAAUAAAAAAAUAAAUAAAUAAAUAAAUAAUGAUAAAUAAUUGGUCAAUCUCAUCUAGCGUCCACACGUACACAAAUUAAAUCACCAAUUUUCAUUCUACUAUGAAAAUUGGCAUUUUUGUGUCCGCACCUGCUGAUGUGAUCGGGGAAUCAAAUUGGUAUUUGCGUCCGCACGACCCUGUUCGAUCGGAAAAUUUCAUCAGAUUGGCGAAAAAUUGUCUCGUCUGGAUAGAACUAUAAGGAAGGAGUACUGUCAGCAAUGAAAGUGUGUACAAAAUACAGUAACUAGUACCUUAAUCUUAAUUUUUAUUAAGUGUUCUGUGAUUGAUAAUAAUUAAAUGAUGAAAGUUUUAGGAUUUUUAGCGCAUUGAUUAAAAUGUGAUGUGAUUUCUAGCAAGAUGAGAGACCGAGAAUUGUCGAAUAUGUAACAAGCGAAAAGAGAGAACAAUAAAAAAAAACAGAAGUGUUUUUGAUGCUUCCAAGGCAAAAAAGGCAGAAUUAUGAUUAUUAUGAAUUAAGUGUCAAAAUAUAUGGGGCAUUAUCUAAGAAAAGGGACCUUAUUGUCGAUGGCGCUUACGCCGCACAGCGUAGCGCGGCAUUGUAUUUAUAGGUAUAUCGGAGCAUCGUUAAUAAUGGCGUAAGCGUCAUCAACAAUAAGGUCCCUUUUCAUAGGUAACGUAUCAUUUAAUGUUUAGUUUUCAUGUAACAAAGUAAAUGGAUUACCUAAUUUAAUUAACGUAAUUAUAAUAUUAAGUUGUACGUGUUUAAUUGUGAAUGGAUUUUUAAUUAUUAUUUUAUAAAAUUAUUUUAGUAAUUU